AUGCUACAACUGUGGAGAAGCACACCCAGCCAGCUACGGCGGUUGCCGGACGCUACUAGACGCCCAGAUCAGACAGGAGGCCGCGCACAAAAAACCGGGAGCGAUCUACGCCGACGCAGCGAAGCGCCGCCGCCAGCCAAGGAACACCCCUGGCACGAGCGCAGCGGCCCGCUAGCCCAGCAGAAACCCAGAAGCAGCAGCGCCAAGAAACCAAGUAGAAACACAGAAAACCAAACAAGUACCGCGACCACUGCCCCGCUGCCACCUACAGAAGAGGCCAAGAACAGAAUCAACACAAGAAAACCAACCAACACAACAGAAUCACACAACACAACAGAAUCACACAACACAACAGAAUCACACAACACAACAGAAUCACACAACACAACAGAAUCACACAACACAACAGAAUCACACAACACAACAGAAUCACACAACACAACAGAAUCACACAACACAACAGAAUCACACAACACAACAGAAUCACACAACACAACAGAAUCACACAACACAACAGAAUCACAACAACACAAUCACCGCCAGCAGCAGGAAGCCACAGCAGACAACUCCUGCCACACAGAAGCAAGGCAAACCAACAACACAACAACCACCAGAGAAGAAGCCGCCCCACAGACACCGGCAACUGCAGACAUCGCAUCCCUCAUGGCGGCCAUGGGGAAUCCAUCGUCACGCUCAAGAACGUGGUAG